CAUGUCAUCUAUUUUCUGACUGUCCUCGUUUUGCAACCUCUCAGCUGUGGUCUUGACGUGACCUAGUCACCAAAGAGGCCGUAUUUUUCGCUCUCUCAGCCCCCUCAGCUCUCUGAUUGCUGCUUGGAGAGGCCAUCCGUAUGCGCUCUCGCCAUUCCCAGCGCAUUGAUUGCAAGGCAGCCUUGGACAAGGGGUCUGUACGCUGGAUUAUCCCAGCCUCCAAGCUUCGGAGUCUCGGUGAUCAUGGGCCACUAGGGCAUCCUAGCCUGACUCGACCGGAGCUAGAGAGGCAGGCUCCUCGUAAUAGCGGCCGCAGCGCUUUAGAGUUUUCGGGAUCGAAUGCUGUUCACGCCGGCGCGUGCCCGCUGAGGGAGGUGAGAUUGUGGUGUUGGGGAGCAAAGUGCGAGGUACGCGAUCAUGGAUGGACGGCAGAUGGGCAGUUCCAGGCUGUUCUUCCGUCUUCCGUGCCACCACUGCGCGCAGUAAGUACAGCCCGUACAGAGGCAGGCGCUGUAGAGGACCCCCAGAACCUGGCCUCAGCUCGGCACUUGCGAGAAGCUCGACCUGGAUGCAGUGCAGGCUGGAGUUGGGCAGUGGUUGCAAGGGCUGAACAGGCGUCUGUACAAGUAGGCAUGUGCCUUAUGUAUCAGCCCAAUACAGCAGCCCAACCGUUGAACGGCUGAGUGAACGUCUUGGCUCUGACUUGUGCCAUCGCCGUGUGGACGCUGGCACGGCGCUCGGGUAGCCGCCUAUCGGGUUAGCGGGCCGUCCGGGUGAAAUGCUGGCGCUGCUGUGAUAGGUGGGAGAGGCGUGCAUAUACCACAUGCAAAGUAAUUAAACAAUAAACUAUUACUCCUGCUAGGCGGUUGGUGCACCCACCUCGUAGCUUCGAAGCCAGAGCCAGAGCCACAAGCACG